AUGGAGAAGGAGGAACCUACACUGAGUCGCCGAGACACACAUGGACCGUUCGCAAGGAUGGGGUUGGGGAGCAAGACGUCGAGCAAGGCGUCCAUGGGGGGGGCGGGGGCGGAGGAGAACGAGCGGCUGCACUGCGUCAUCACCGAGAAGGAUGCCGCCAUCACGGCGUUGCAGUUCGAAGUCCAGCGGCUGAGCAACGAGCUGGCGUCGCACACCCGAGUCGCGAAGCGCGAGCACCCGCUCGAGCCGGUGAUCCACCUGGUCGACGAGCAAGGAUCCGGCAGGCCCGGCGGGCACAUGGGGAGGACGGCUAGCAUGGCCACGGCCACGGCGCUGAGCAGCCUCCAACCGGGCAGGAAGCACGAUGAGAUGGCCCAGCGGGUCAUUCGCAUGUUCAAGACUCCUAAGGACCACGCGACCUACCUCACCUCCGUGAAAUUCGCGCGAGACAUGCUGAGGCUGUGCGCCAGGGCGGGACCGAUCUUCGAGAAUGAGCCCCGCUGCCUCUUCAUCCAGUCCCCCGUGUACGUCUUCGGAGACAUUCACGGGAACUUGGAGGACUUGAAUUUCUUCUCGGACAACAUCUGGAAGCUGGGGAUGAACCUGACGGCCGGGAAGUUUCUGUUUCUCGGCGACUACGUCGACCGGGGAAUGUCGGGGCUCGAGUGCCUCGCGUAUUUGUUUGCCCUCAAGAUCGAAAACCCGGAUAAGAUCUUCAUGCUGCGGGGGAACCACGAGCUGAGGGACGUAAACGGAUGGGUGGAGCACUACGGGGAGAGGUCUUUCUUGUGGCAGUGCCAGGAUCGGUUCGGGGACGACCUUGGGGAAGAGGUCUGGGAAGGGUGCAACGCUGUUUUCGACCGCCUCCCCCUGGCCUCGGUGAUCGAUCACGACAUCUUCUGCGUGCAUGGGGGCAUCCCCCGCCCGCUGCCGGAGUCGACAUCAAGAGUCCAGGACAUCCUCUGCGUGCCGUCCGUUGCUGGGGUCUGCCCGCCGAACGAGUACGAGACUUUCGAGUCCCAGCAGGUGGCGUCGGACUGCCUUUGGUCCGACCCCGCCCGGGAUAACCAGGAGAUGAGCCUGGACGCGACCGGGUUCGGGGAGAGCUUGAGGGGGGGAGGGGCUAUCUGCUUCGGCGCCAAGGUGAUCAACCGGUCUUCUAAGUACAAGAACCGGUACAUCCACAGGAGAGACAGCCUGUCUCUCGCGGCGCUCAGUCUAGACGACAGGGACAAGCUGACGCGCAUUGGGGUGGUGACAAACCAUGCCUCGGAGGGAGUUCCAGAGGACGAUGAGGAGUACGAAGAAGAUGAGGAUGACGAGGAAGAGGAGGAUGAGGUGCGAGAGGGAGGAGGGUCUGCGGGAUCAGGGGCGGCGGGGCAGGACAGCGGAAAAGAAGGCGGGAACGGGGAGGGGGCUAACGGAAAGCGGGUGGUUGACAUGGUGGGCCACAACAACUCGGCGAACUCACGGGACACCUUCGACGGCUACUACGACCAGCGGGUGGACUACUCGAGCGACGACGAGGGCAAAACGCUCCGAUGAAUCUGCUUGGUGGAUGCGACCGGUUGGUCUCACCUUUCGAGAUACCCUUUUUUUCGUGUUUUCCUCUCUUUGUACAUCAUUUUCCCAGUAUUUUUUCCUCUUGCCAUGGAUGACCGCCUGGUUUGAUGGUUUUUCCUGCGGGUUGCUGUAGCUCUCGAGGGCGGUGUUGUGAAGGAGUGUCUCCACAAAACCCCCGCGAAUUGUUUAUUUUCGAUGAUUUGUCAAUCUUCGCUUCGGUUCGAACGGCAUGAUCGUAGCACCGUCAAAGAAGGAUGGUAGCAACACCGUUGAUGUGGGCUUUCAACGAUUGGUCAAUGCUUCUGUUCGUUUAAGGACAGAAUGAUGGUACGAGUAGCACAUCAAUGAAGGAUGGUAACAACACCAUGGUGCUUCAAUGAUUGGUCGAUCCUUCUCUUCGUAUUGAACGGAAUGAUGUUGGCACCAUGAAUGACGUUAUUUUCAAUGAUUGGUGUCAAUCUUCGAUGAUUGGUCUAUUCUUCCCUCCGGCGAUUGGUCUAUCUCCUCUUCGCAUUCAACCGAAAUAUGGUAGCACCAUCAAUCUAGCUUGCGCAUUGCGCCCCCACGUUUAGUGAUCGUGUGCCCAACACGGCUGCCUGGUCGAAAUAGCCGCCUUUAGGUUCUUACCGCUUCUCUUUUUUGCCAUCGAUGUGAAGCCAGUCGUCAGUCAGUGCAUGGCCACCCCCAAGGGCUGAUACCCUCGGUAACAGCAGGCGUCUCCAGCUCGUCUGCCUUGUGUUACUCGUUUGGUUCGGACUAAUGGGUGGGCAGUGGGUUAGGCCAGACCACACUCGGAAAGGAAGCCCGCAUUUGUUGUGGUGUUUUUCAUUUCUGGGGCUACAGAUUCGGAGGCCUUGCUAUAUGGCUUGAUGUAAUCGCUUGUCUUGUUUUUUUUCGAAGUUUUUUUUUGUGUUUUGACGCUGAAUCGAGAUAUAAUGCCAAUCGCCGCCUUCCAGAGUUUUCGUGAACUAAUAAUACUCCCGUGUUGCGCAGCAAAUGCGCAGGUUAUAGUUGGGCCCCCGCAAAGUAUGGGCGAAAGGAAUCCGGGUGAUUUGACGGGGGGGGGCAUUGUAUACCGUGUGGCGCGUGCCAUUCAUUCUCCUUGAUGGUUUUGUAGCCUUCCUUUCGGCUGCGUUUUGUUUGUGUGUGUGUUUUCCCUCUUUUGAUAGGGCGCACACGAAAGACGCGUCAUACGGUAGUGACAGGCAGGGAGGCAGGGAGACGGAGCGGGCCUGCAAUGGCGCCCACCAAGAUUUGGUUGUGUUGUCUUGCGCGCGUGCAUGAAGAAAAGCAUCGGUGAUAGAUGCUGGGUUUGCGAGGCGGCUCGACGUAUAUUCGCGCACUAGGGUACACACACACGCACAAGGCGCCGGUUUGUCUGGCGUCCGUCAAUAGAGCGCAGUAGACGUUGGGAGAGACGACGCGAAAACCGAAAACGCCAUUGAUGAUCGAUUUUGCUGUUAGCUGUACGAUCGUGCGGGUACCUGUGUGCCCCCCUCCUCGGGUGCUCGUUUCUGUUUCUGUGGGGUGCUCGCCUGCAGCUGUUGGCUGCGAUUGGAGAGCAGCUACUCCCUGUGGAGAUGAGUGUGGCUCACCGAGAUGCCGUGUACACUCAAGCGCGAGCUUUUUUCGCAGCAAGAGCGAUGAGAGAACUUUUAUGGCAACCGUGGCGUUUUGUGGAGAGCCAGUCGGGGCUGCCUAUCUGUCGCGAGUGGACACGGUGUUGGAAACGUGUUGAACGGGAGAUGGUCUUGUGUACCCCAUCUACACGCCUUGGAUGAAUGUUAAUGUUUGAUCUUUUGAACUUUUUGGGAAGGGGAGGGGGAGAAGCGGUUCUCGUGGGGCAUGGGUCGGCUCGGCAAGAAGUUGGCACGGUGUUGGUGUGUAAUACUAUGAACUGUCCUUUGUUUGUUGUACCCAUGGCGUAAGAUUAGGAAGUGAUGUGACGCCUGUGGGCGUCCCCUGCCUUGAUGGCAUGUCCGACGAACCAGGGGUGGCGGUUGACCCUGGCAGCCAGGCGGUCAGGCAAAACUUCUGACCGUUGAGAAAAUUAGCAACUCUGGAGAACAAGCACCCUUUUGUCUAUAGGGAGCAUGGACAUUUUUGGAAGAUGUUUUGCGGUGGACUUUGAACGUUGGCGCUGCCGCGUCGGACGCAGUAGGGGUCGGGGUUGUCCAUUGUGCUGAAACGACCUUUUCUUGUAGAAACGGUGCUGCCUUCCUCAAUAGUGGGCAAGGUGACCGGCGUGCGCAGACAUGGGCACGAUGAGUCGUUGGUUGGAGCAGCUUGUUCUGGCAAGCGUGCCAAUCCUCGAUGGGCCACGUGAUGGCUGUGGGUCUGUGCGCAUUAGUUGCGUUCUCGGUCGGAUUGGGAGAGUUUAGGGUCAAGAAGAGUUGUUGUUGCCGCGGUGGGGAGCUUUCCUCCACAAUUUCGGUUUUUCACGCGGCGGUGUGCAUACAAUUGCGACCUCGUGUUGGGUGUUCUAAAACUUCUAAAAUUG